AUGGAUGAUACUCAUGAUGAUGAAAAUAUUAAUGCCUAUUAGUAAUUAGGAUUAUGGCAAAAGAUCACAGUAACUAUAAGGAUUGUUGUAGAAUACAUUUACUCAGAUAUUUAAAAGAAACCAAGAUCAUUCAAGAUUGGGUUAUUUACAAUAUACUUAGUGGUUAUGUUUUUAGCAUUGAUAUAGAGUGCUUUUUCUCUCAGUCCUCUUAUAUUCAUACAAUUAGCUGAAACUACUGCUGGUGAUACUGAUUUAGUAUUCACUCCAGUACCUUCAGAGAAUAAGACAAAAUCAAAUACUGACAUUGGACCAUAGAAUUCAAACUUCUAGGCAUCAUAGAAUUUAGUGAAUGGAUUUAGUUUAGUGAAUUAGACUGACGUAGUUAAAAUUACAAAAGGUAUUAGAGAAAUAUUUGAUUCUACACCAAGAUGGUUAAUGAUAGGAAAUUUGGAAAACCCAAAAUAAAAUAUAACUAAAAUAAGUGAUAAAAUUCGAUCAUUCUUUUUGUUAAUUGAUAGUGAAAAAGAAAUAAGUAUAGGAUUAGGAAGAAGAUUAGAUACUAAUAUAAUCAAUAAUAAUGAAGUACUAGUUACAUCCAGUGGAUUAAGAGGAUUGAAUGCUACUAUAGGAGACAUUUUAAAUUUAAAUAUUGAUGUUAUCUAAUUUCUAUCAACAUAUGUAAUUACUGAAAAUAAUAAUGAUGAUCCAACAACUUUUAUUAUGGCAGCAUUUGACACAUACUUAAAUGGUCCAUUAGAGUUAAUUUAUGGUAAAAAUUUCACAAAGAGAGAAUAUACUGGUUAUGAAUUAAAGGAAUUAUCUAGUGAAUUUAUUGUAUUUACAGAUAUAUUAGAUAACAAUCCAGAAUUGAAACAGGAAAUUAAGGAAAACUUUUAAAAUUAAAUCAACUAAGGUGGUAUUUCAAAUGAUUAAAAAGAUCUUGCAAAUACAGCUUUUGAUAUUUUCUUUUCAUAAGAAUUAGGUUAUUUUUCAAGACUUUUAGCUAAUUUUGUUUAAUAAUUAGGAGAUAAUGAUGUUGUUUCUAUUUAUAUAGUUGAAUAGGUAAUAGCUAAUAUCAUAGCUGAUUCAUUAGAUUUUGACAUUGAAUUGAAAGUAAAGGAAAGUAUAAAAUCAUCCAAAGGAAAGUGGGCAGAUGGAUUAGGUAAUAUAGUAGUGAUGGACUAUAGAAAUGCAACUAUAAUUUUAAGAGAAGCAUUUAUAAUAACAUUAAAUAAUACAAUAGAGGAUUAUAAAUAAAAUAGUUCAACAAAUAGUAUUGAAGAAAUUGUUGCUGCUAAUAUUCCUGCUUAAGAUUUAUUUGAUUAUAUUAGAAAUUACACAGAUGGUAUUAAAUUAGAAGAGUUUUCAUUAACUAGUAAUUUAGUUGUUAAAGAUAGAGUUUCCAAAUAUACUAAUUAAGAUAAUAUAAAUAAUUUUGUUUUGGAUGUCUCAAAUUCAUUUUUUAAUGAAGUAGGAUAUGAUUAUCCUGUUAAAAUUACUGUUCCAUUAGCUACAGCAAUUAAAUAAUAUUUAUUAUUAGGAAAUUUUGUAGAUAAUUUAGUAGUUUCAGCAACAUUUCUAUUAUUGAUGUUAUCAAUACUAUUAAUAUAUUCAUUGAUGAUUGGAGAUGUAGAAGAAAAAACAUAUGAAUUUGGAAUGUUGAGAGCUUUAGGAUUUUAAAAAUGGUGGUUAAUAAUUCUAUUAUUAUUGUAAGCAUUUACUUUUGCUAUACCUGGCUUACUUUUGGGAUUGAUUACAUGUUAUAUUCUGAAUUCCUUAAUUGCUAUGUUUAUUUUUGAUUCUGCUGUAUUGAUGUCAUCAUAUGACAUAGCAAAAUCAGCAAUAGGUCUAUCAUUUGGUUUAGGUCUAUUUAUACCAUUGGCAAGUAAUAUCCUGCCAAUUUUAAGAGCACUUUCAAAAACACUUAGAGAUUCUUUAGAUUUAUAUCAUAGAACAAUUAAUGAUAUAUUAGUUAAUGUUAUUAAAUUAGAGAAAAUGGGAAUAUCAAUUGAUUAAUUUUUUUCAGCUGCACUUUUAGUUAUUAUGGGAUUUGUAAGUUAUUAUUUAAUUCCUAUGGCAUUCAUAUUCAGUAAUAUAUAAUUAGCACUUGCAGUCAUAAAUAUUAUAUUAAUUGUUAUGAUUAUUGGAUUUACAUUAUUAGCAAAUUUAUUUGAAGAACCACUUGAAAAAGGAAUUUUGAAAUUGAUAUUAUGUAUAUUUAAGAAGGAUAGAAAUUUAGAGAAAAUAAUAUUUAAGAAUUUAGAAGCUCAUUAUAGUAGAAAUUGGAAAACGACAUUGAUGUAUACAAUAGCUUUGGCAUUUUUAAUAUUUGCAGGUGCAGGAUUUGCAUUAUAAAGUAGUGUUAUAACAGAUGUUUUACAAUCAUUUUUAGGGGCUGAUAUUAGUGUCUAAGCUUUAUAAUCUGAUAAAAGAGGAUUGGAUGAAUACAAUAUAAGAUAGUUUCUUAAUAAAACUAUGACACAAGAUCCAUCUCUUAUUUUUGAUUACUCAUUUACAUCUUUAAUGUUAUCUCAAAUACCUGAAAUGCCAUAAAGUCAUUUUAUAUCUACUUUGGCAAAGUUUCCAUUUAAGAAAAUAUUUUUAGGAGCAGUAGAAUAAAAUUAUUUAAGAGCAUGUUUAGAUGCUUUUUAUAUUCCAAAUAGUUAUGAUCCAUAAGUAAAUUAUACAAUAUUGAAUGAUGGAGUUAAAGAUGGUGUUUCUGGUAUCUAUGAUAGAUCAGAUGUUCAAGAUAGAGAAGCAUUUUAUGAUCCAUAUACUUUAGUAGGAUCUUAGAGUAUCAGAUAAUAAUGGUAUAAGGAUUUAAGUUAUGAUAAACCAAAUUAAUAGUAUUGAUAUCUUAAUAAUAUUAUAGUACUACAAUAGAUAGAGAAAUUAAUAUUGUUGUUCCUCAAGGUUACAUAUAUGAAGCUGGUAUAAAUGUUGACACACCAUCUAUCUUAUAUGUAGAUAGAAGACUAUACAGAACUAAUGUUAGACAUAUGGCUACUAAAGUUCCAGGUUAUUUCUUUUCUAGUUAUAGAUCAAUGGUUGGUAAUGGAUUAAUAAGUAUGGAAGAUGCUCUAUAUAUAAUUAAUGAUUAUUUCAAGUAAAUGUUUUAUAAAAAUAUUUUAUAGAGGUGAUAUUCGACAAGGAAAUCUUGAGAAUGAAAGAGCCAAUUUGUAUUUUUAAUCUUUACCAAAAAAUUUAACUUAUGGAUUACCAAAAGAUAAUUUACAAAUUAAAUUUGGUAGAUAAACUACUGAAUAAGAGAGGGUUGAUUUUAGUAAUGGUCUUAGAAAUUAUUUCUUAAAUGAAUAGACUUUAUUAUUUGAUGUCAUUACAUUAAAGAAAGAUGCUGAAGAUACCUUUUAUUUUAUUACUAUAUUUUAUGUGUUAGUUGCCAUUGUAGCAAUGACUCUAUCAUUCUUCCUUAUAUUGGUUUCCUUUGUUAGCAAUGUAAAGGACAAUUCUUGGGAGUUUGGUGUAUUGAGAGCAGUUGGAUUAAAUAAAGUAAGAUUAUUAUAUUAAAAGUAGAAUUAAAUAACUAGAGUUUACAUAUAUGAAGCAAUAUCUUUAAUUACAGCAUCAGGAUUAAUUGGUACAAUUGUUGGUUUAGUUGUUGCAAUUACAUUAACUUUAUAAAUUCUUAUGUUCACAGAAUUUUCAUUUAAAUUCAUAUUCCCAACAGAAAUAUUUUUGAUAACAUUUUUAGGAGGAUUUAUUACAGCUACAGGAGCUAGUUAUUUGGCAGUAUUAGAAAUCAGAGAUAAGAGUAUAUCAACAAUACUUAAAGGGCUGUUAUGA